UUAUACGCUUACGCAGGUUACGCUGCAUGUGACGACACCCUGAAUCGUCGAUUAAAAUUAAUCAAAAUUGAUUGAAGUAAAAUCAGUUGUCACCGAAAAUGGGUAACAGAUCAAGUCUUCUUCUACGCGAGGAUGAAAUAGCGCAGAUACAAAAUGCUACUGGUUUUACACCAAAUCAAAUCGAACGUUUGUACAGCCGCUUUACAAGUCUGGAUCGCGGAGAUUGUGGAACACUCAGUCGAGAAGAUUUUCUCAGAAUCCCAGAAUUGGCGAUAAAUCCUCUUGGUGAAAGGAUAGUAAACGCUUUCUUUGAAGAAAGUGGGAACGACAGGGUGAAUUUCCUACAGUUUAUGCAAGUCCUGGCUCAUUUUAGGCCUAUCAAAAAGAACAGUCCCAAUCGAUUGAAUUCUAGACAGCAAAAGUUGAAAUUUGCAUUUAAAAUGUAUGAUUUGGAUAACGACGAUCUGAUAUCAAAAGAUGAACUACUCGCUAUUUUACAUAUGAUGGUUGGUGCAAAUAUUAGUGAAGAACAGCUAACCAGUAUUGCGGAACGGACCAUAGUUGAGGCUGAUGAAAACGGUGACGGUAUGAUAUCAUUUGAAGAAUUUUGUAAGGCAUUAGAGCGUACUGAUGUUGAGCAGAAAAUGUCAAUAAGAUUUCUCAGUUAA